AUGGAGAACUGCAGAGAAAACGCAACGGUGCUGAAGGAAGAUUUGGAGAAGUGUGGAAGCUUUAACAUACUCUCAAAAGACAAUGGUGUUCCUGUGGUGGCAUUUUGUCUGAAAGACAGAAGCCAGUACGAUGAGUACAAGAUAUCAGAGAUGUUGCGCCGCCACGGUUGGAUCGUGCCAGCUUAUCCAAUGCCACCUGCUGCUCAACACGUCAAUGUGCUCCGUGUGGUGAUAAGGGCUGAGUUUUCGCGCACCCUUGCUCAACGCCUUGUGUUUGACAUACACAAUGUGUUGCAUGACCUUGAAAAGAUGCAUCCCCCCAUAAUAGCCACUAACAUUAUGGAAGAGAAGAAGGGCUUGGUUGAUUGUGAAGUCAUGAAAACUGCAUUGGAUGCACACAAGGAAGUCAUUGCUCAACAAUCCAACAAGCGUCAGAAAAUCAUGGCUGCCUGA